AUGAUAAGUUAUUCCAACCUUUGCUCGAAAGUACCAGAAUAUGAACGACAUUGUUUUCCUGAUUUAUUCUUGUUGUCCUACACAUAUCUAACACUAUCACAACCUGUUCAAUAUCCCAUUUGGCACCUUCCCAUAUACAACACAUCUCAGACUAUUUUCAUGGGUACCACAUAUGGUGGCGUACAUACCGCAAAACAUUCCGGCGUCAUUAUUUCGGCUCGAUGUGUUCGCAUGAUUUUCGAUUUUCCACCACCUUAUCAUAUCACAAAAUUCGAUGAUAUCUGGGACAGUUAUGUGGAGCGUAGCUUGAAAUACCCUUCAAAUAUAAAAAUAACAAAGUGGAGCAGUAGCCAGUAUGAACGGGAUAUGAAAUUGAUAGUAGAACGAACUAGAAGAUUGCUCCCACUCCUAGCAUUCUGCUUGGUUUCUUUCUGUUGUUUGAGUUCAUUCAAGUAUGGCUAUAAUUUUCGUUUCAUGUUGAUUUCUUUCUAUGGCGUCUUGUCCGCUGCAUGCGGACUAGUGACAGCUUUUGGUUUUCUCCAUAUCAUUGGUAUACACCUGGUGCAAGUUGCACUAGUCACACCAUUUCUCGUCCUUUCAAUCGGCAUUGACGAUAUGUUCAUGAUGCUUUCCAUUUGGGAACAUGCCAUUUCUUCAUCAACCAAUGCUGGUAUUAAUCGUUGUGAUCUGAUACGAAUAACCUUCCGAGAAAGUAUAGUAUCGAUGUUGUUGACAACAAUAGACAAUAUACUUGUUUUCACUCUUGGUUCACUUUCGCCUAUUCCAAUCAUUCGGACAUUUUGCAUUUAUAGCGCUGUUUCACUUUUCGUCGUAUUCUUAUUUCAACUCACAUUAUUCGGCUCUCUACUUGCAACAAAAGCUCCAAAUUCUCUUUGCAGUAGUUUAAUUAGUUUCUCAACACAACAAAGCUAUUCAGAAUCGAAUGGAGGAACUCAAUCAUCCAUACAAUCUGAACGUUCCCAAUCGUCACUGCCAUUGUUCUAUGCGACAAUUUUCAAAAACAAGUACUUCCUCACAUUCAUCUGCCUCACCUAUAUUAUCUAUCUAAUUGGUUCAACCAUCAUUCUAAACAGAAAAAUCGAUAUUGGCCUGCAACUUUCCUCACUUUUACCCUUUGAUACAGGAACUUACAAAUAUUUGAGAAUGUAUGAAGAGUACUUUUCCGAAUACAGUACACCACUGGAAAUAGUUUUGCCAGAUGAACUGGAUUAUUUUGAUAGCCAUUUGCAGUGGCGUCUAUUUCGUGCUAUUGCGAUUCUCGAAAAUACUAAUUAUACAAUGAAACCAACUUUCUGGCUUCCAGUAUUUCUAGAUUUUUUGGGGAAUAGAAGCAAUACUGAACGAUUUGUCGUCAAUUCAACUUCAUUUCAUGAAAACAUGACAAGUUUUCUGCAACAUCCGGCAUACAGGAGAAAGGCAAUGCAUUUGAUAAUGGACAAAGUGAAAAUGGCCGAGAAGCAUUACUCAAUACGCUUUCUUACCUAUCAUGUAAUGUAUGAUUUGGCAGAGCAAGAUGAUUUAGUACCACACUUACUCUUCACCAAUGCUCUUUUAGCAGGGAUGGCUUCAAUCUGCACUAUCCUACUGUUAACGCCAUCAAUGAUGAAUUGUAUCCUCAUAAUCUGGGCUACAUUUAGCAUCAAUUUCGGUGUAUUGGCAUUGCUGAAUGUUUGUGGAACUCAUUUGGACAUAAUAUCCACCAUUGUUAUACUUUUAAGUAUAGGGUUAUAUCGUCAGGACAUUCACUCAUGGCGUAUUGUUUGUUUGCUGCAUUGGUUUUUAUCACAGUAUUAUGGUAUUACCUGCUUUCCUCUCCAUUAA